GCACUAUAAAAAGGCCAGACUGCUGAGCAAAUGGCAUCAGUUUGAUCGCAGAGCAGUUCUAAUACAAUACUAGAUUUUAAACACCAUCAACGGUGCGAUGGCGUUAAAGUUUACGAUAUUCCUAAUAGCGGCUGUGAGUGCUGCCAGUCUUCAAGACUACCACCAGCAAUCGCACCAACAGCAGCAACAACAGCAACAACAACAACAACAACAAAACCCGGCCGAUCCAUGGGAUGUGAAACGAUAUGCGUCUGAUGCACAGAACCAAAACGAUGAACAAGUAGGGUACGAUUUUUCAUAUUCAGUGCACGAUCCAGUCACCGGAGACCAAAAGAGCCAGGAAGAGUCUCGCCGCAAUGGUCACGUUCGUGGGCAGUACUCUUGGGUAGAUGCUGAUGGUAUUCGCCAGAUUGUUAACUAUCAGGCUGACGAUCGCACUGGAUUCAAUGCCGAACAACGUCGUGAGCCUGCCAAUCGUCCACGGCUCAACAGAGUGUUGCAAUUGAUCCCCGCGCAAACAGUAGCUCCCCUUUACACCAUCGACGCUAUUUUAGCUCCUGCCUACACUUCCGUUUCCCGUGUAGAUCAAAUUCGACGACGUGAGCAGGUCUCGCGUGAUAAUCGAGAAGAUGGCACUGAUGAUGAACGCGAUAAUCGAAGCCACAUUCGAGAUACGUUGACAGACCAUCGCGAAGAUCGUCGUGACAGUAAUCGUAAUGACCGGCCAGAGGAACCACGAGACGACCGUCGGGAUGAGCGUCGUGAUGAUGGACGUGAUGAGCGCCAUGAGGAACGCCGGGAAGAACGUCGUGAUGACCGCCGUGAAGAUCGCCGUGAAGAUCGCCGCGAGGAGCGCCGUGAAGAUCGUCGAGAGAAUCGCCGUGACGACCGGCAAGAUACCAACCGUGAGGAUAACCGCCAAAAUAGUGCGCGAGAUGAACGAGUCGAUGAGCGUAACGACGAUCGUCGAGGAGAUCGCCAAGAUGAGCGUCGCGAAGAACGCCGUGAUGAACGCCGAGAUGAUAGACGUGACAAUCGGGAUGAUCGACGUCAAGCAGGCCAAGAAAUUGCGUCCCAAUCAGAAGUACGAUUCCAAGCGCCAUCCGUGUCUUAUCAGUACAGCAACUACACUAGGAAGGCAAACGAAAUGGCAUUCAAAUUUAUUGCUUUGUUCGCUGUACUGGCCAUAGCCAGCGCGGGUGUUAUUCCGAUUGAGGAAGUCCAUACGUCCUACCAGCCAGCUGCCUACUCCACACAUCUGGCACAGCCUGCCGUGAUUAAAACCGUAGCGCAACCGGCAACCAUCGUCAAAACCAUUGCUCAGCCAACGCUCGUCAAGCACAUCGAUGAGGAUCACGAUGCCCAGUACGAUUUCUCCUACGGUGUUCACGAUGAUCAUACCGGCGAUAUCAAGGAGCAACGCGAAUCCCGCCAUGGCGAUCAAGUGCACGGUCAAUACAGUCUGAUCGAUUCUGAUGGUCACAAGCGCACCGUCGAGUACACCGCUGAUGAUCACAACGGAUUCAACGCAGUCGUACAUCGAGAACCGACCGAUAUCAAGAUUCCGCAACCGAUUGUUCAGAAAGUCAUUGCUCAACCAGCCAUUGCCAAAGUCAUUGCCCAGCCAGCUAAAAUUAUUGCUGCCCAGCCAGCAUACUACCAUCAGCCCGCUCCAACUGUUGUCAAAACCGUAGGACUCUCUCAUUACUAAUUUGGAUGUUUCAUAGAUCGUAUGAGACACUGAUUUAGACUACCAUUUUCAAAGUGCACUUUUACUCUUUCUGUAUCUCACGCUCUUUACUUUUAACACCCUUAGGUUAAACAGUACAAAUAUAUGUGACAACUUUUAAGACGAAA